AUGGAUGACAGGGCGCGAGACAUAGAGAUAUAUCCGGGUGAUCUUCAUCUAUUUUGGCAGACACUGUCAUAUGAGCACCCACCCAAUGCCCAGGAGUAUGCGCCCCACAAAGAUGAAGCUAAACGCCACCUUCAGGAGUUGGUUGAUGAGGCUGUACGCAGAGGGACAGAGGCAACGAAAAAAGCAGCAAGGAGUCAAGGACCAUGA